UCUAUAUGUAAACUAAUUAUUUUUUAUAACUUUAUAUAUAAGUCACAAAGAGUAAAUUCAAUAUGAAAGCUGUAAAAGUUACUUGUAAUGGGGAGUCAAAAAUUGUUGUUGCCACAUCCAAUGAUCUAAAUGCAUUUAUGGCAAAUAUUUGUUCUACUUUUAAUGUUCCAAACAUAUCAAAUUUAAAAUGGCUUGGUUGUGCAGUAAACACUUCAACUUUUCCUGCAGUAAUAUGUGAGCAAUCGGUAGAAAUGACAGUAGAAGUUUCCAGUUUCAUUGAUAUUUCAAAUAGCUAUCCAUUAAACGGGUUUUUAGCUCAUUUAGAAGACUUUAACAAUUCAGAAAGAAAUCAAAUUAAUUCUGCUGUCAAUACAGAUCAACACAUCUUCUUCAAUCCCUCUCUUAAUUAUCAAUCACAAUCAUCAUUAAAAAAUUAUUCAGCUUGCUCUACAACAUCAUUAACAAAUAUAUCUAUAGAAACUGAGAGUGGUACAGAGUUAGUUGCAGACUCAUCCAGCUGCAAUAGACCUCAAAUAACCAAAAGAAAGAUCUUAAAAGUACCAUUUCCUGAAGCUGGAAUUCGUAGCAUUGAAGAAUAUUUUAAUUUUUCAGUGAUUGAGUAUUUGAAUGGAAAAAGUAUUUCUAUCAACAAUAUAGAAAAACAGUUAAAAACCUCCUUAAUUAAUUAUUGCAGGGAUUUUCUGCCUCAAAGCAAUGAUAAAUGGGUUAGGAGAGAGUUUUUUACACGUUUGAAAUCUUCAAUGAUAAGUCGAUUUCCAUUAUGUAUGGAGGACUGGGAUAAGCUUUUAGGUUUAAUAGCUAAUACAUUAAGACAGCAACAAUGGACUAAGUCAAACAAAGCCAGUCCAAAAUUUGGACAACUUUCUAAAUCCAAAAAAUCAUCUUCUUUGUUGGCGUUAGUAAACUCAGCUGAACCUGUUUUAAGUAAAGAACAGUUACUUCAUGAAGUUGAGAUUGAGCUGCAGAAGAAUAAGCCUUCAACUCAAGUUUUGGCAAUUUUAAAUCGGAAUUUGUUUGAGCCCCAGAUAUUUAAAAGCAUCCCGAUUCGACUGCAAUUAACUCCAUCUCUUCUUAUAAGCGAGUUUUGCAGACUUUAUCCCAUGUUUGCAGAUUUCGAAAGUAAUUCUAAAGAGUUUUGCAACUUAGUUUUUUCCGAUGGGUCGGUUUUUUUGAAUUUAAUAAAAUUUCAAAGUGAUGUCUCCUGUAAAAAGUCUUCUUCCAAUGCUUUCCAUGUAACUCAGUCUGAUAAUCUGGAUGAAAUGCUGGGAGUAUCGAUACCUGGUCCACAAGUAGUAUUCAAUGAAACCCAUUUUAUGAUUUGUAGCAGAAAUGGAUGUGAGCUGAAGAAAGCACAGAUUUCAUCAGCCAGCGAAGUGUUUUGUUGCAUCAUUGCCAUUUACUAUCUUAUGGACUUGACAUAUCCAUCUAGUUAUGCGCAAACACUAGGUGUUUUACAGGAAAUUAUUUUGAAAGACACUUUUCUUCACAAAUCACAUAAAGCAACCAACUAUUUAAAAAAAUAUGGUUUAUUAAAGUGCUAA